UAACCUGGAGUAAUGGCUAAGGAAAAUCAGACUCUGCCUGAAUUCCUCCUUCUGGGAUUCUCCGACCUCAGGGCCUUGCAGGGUCCCCUGUUCUGGGUGGUGUUUCUGGCCUACCUGGCCACUUUUCUGGGUAACUCCAUGAUCAUCCUCCUCACGCAGACCAGCCCUGCCCUGAACUCACCCAUGUACUUCUUCCUGCGCCACCUCUCGGUGGUAGAGCUCAUCUACACCACCAACAUUGUGCCCAGGACCCUGGUUGACCUGGCCUCCCCAUACCCCCGGGCCAUCUCCUUCCAGGGCUGUGCAGCCCAGAUGUACAUCUUCAUUGUUCUAGGCAUUUCAGAGUGCUGCCUUCUCACGGCCAUGGCCUACGACCGUUACGCCGCCAUUUGCAGGCCCCUACAUUACUCCACCCUCAUGAACUGGCAGGUCUGCGUGGCCAUGGUGGGUACCUCCUGGUUCAUGGGCAUCAUCACAGCCACCACCCAUUCCUCCCUAAUCUUCACUCUGCCUUUCCCCAGCCACCCAAUUAUCCCACAUUUCCUCUGCGACAUCCUGCCGGUCCUGAGGCUGGCAAGUGCUGGGAAGCACAGGAGCGAGAUCUCUGUGAUGGCAGCCACAGUGAUCCUCAUCAUGAUCCCCUUCUCUCUGAUUGUCACCUCUUAUGCCCGCAUCCUGGGUACCAUCCUGGCAAUGGCCUCCACCCACAGCCGCCACAAGGUCUUCUCUACCUGCUCCUCCCACCUGCUUGUGGUCUUCCUCUUCUUUGGAACGGCCAGCAUCACCUACAUCCAGCCCCGGGCAGGAUCCUCUGUCACCAUGGACCGCAUCCUCAGCCUUUUCUACACAGUCAUCACACCCAUGCUCAACCCCAUCAUCUACACCCUUCGGAACAAGGAGGUAACAGGGGCCCUGCUGCACAUGAUGAAGAGGUAGAUCUCCUCAACAUGAAGGGAUCACGGGAUGUCUGCCCACUCCCAGACUGCUCCUCCUCCCAGCCUAACAGAGCCAAGCAGCACCCCAAAGAAAUAAGGCUUCCUGGCAGAAAGUGUUGGAACUAAAACAGAGAUACAGUUCUGUCUUACCUCCUAUCCCACACCCCAGACUCACUGUCAGAGCAUGAGUUAUUAAGACAAGGUAGAAUGGAAGGGAAUGCUGCCUGUGGGGAAGAACAUUUAGUGUCUGCCAAAAUGUUCUGGAUCUUUGAGCAAGAUGAUUGUUGUGGCUACACCAGUAGUCAGAGGUCCUUGUCAGUCAUGAAGGCAGAUGUCUAUGAACUUGACAUCCAACUAAGUAACCCAUCCAGAGCCCAUGGGGGAGUUUGCCUGGCCCUUUGACCUAGUUUUCUUCCAGAAACACUCUGCAGUAUGCAGUGUUAUGCUCUGGAUGCCUUUUAAAAGAAAGGGAGCUAUUUCCCCUUGAAUAUUCCACAUGAAUAUUCUUCCCUGCCUUUCCCCACCCUUGAUUUUUGACAUCAUCCGUAACUGGUGAAAACAUGUUCAACUGGACAAGAGAAUCUCUCUGGCUUCCCUGUCCUCCUCCCAGAGGGUGCCAUCAGCUUGAUCCCAUACCCCUUCCCCAGCACCUCAGACUGGGUGAAGCUCUGAGGCCAUCCUAGAAAGGACCUAGAGAGUGGACACUUAACACUCAUUGUGGCCACCCAGCAUUUGCUCCUCUUUCAACGUCAAUGUUUGGAGAAUUCCCCACUUCGGUAGUCUGGCAAGGAGAAAAACCACCUCCCUCUGUUGAGCUGAGAAUACUUCCUAGCCCCCCAGGCAUGUGACCUGGUUCCACCAAUCAGACGCACCCAUGCCUGUCUGCGACUGAGUGGCUGGUGCCCACAAGAGGCGAGCAGCUGGGC